AUGGAGAAAGAUAACUCUCAGCCAUUAGCCACAGAGAGCUUUUCCUACAGCUGGUUGACACACAAAAAUCCAGCUUCAUCAUCCUUAGAUACUUUCCUCGGUUCGAAAUUCGCCAACACUAAUUCCGAAAAACAAAUAAGUUUCGACUUCGAUUUUUCGAUAACUUCAUCAUCAUCAUCUUCCGCCAGUUGUGUCGUUCACGCGGAUGAAAUCUUUUUCGAAGGGCAAAUCAAGCCCGUAUACAUUAAGAAAUCACAACCGGAGGCCCGAAUAACGUCUAAUAGCAUUUCGACCCCACCGACUCCGCUUUAUUCUCCGAUUUCCCCAUUCGUGUCCGAAAACAAUCUCCACACGCUCCAGAAAUGGAGAACUUCAUCACAAAAGAUUUUGCAGAAGUGUAUUGGAUUUGUGAGGCCACUAUGCAAGACGUCUUCGAGAAAGAGCAACCGAGUGGACGAUCUCGACAGAAAGAUUUUGGAUUACUUCAAUUGA